UGAUCUUUGGUAGUCUUUCUUUUUAUAUACAGUCUCCCAUUUAUAUCUAUUAUCUACUCUUUUUUUGUUAUUAUUAUUAUUAUUCAUUUUUUUGUUCUUAUUACUUUAUUUGAUUCUCUUAUAUUAUAAUCAUGUCACAACUAACUGAUCAAGUGAAAAGUUUCAAAAAGUCAUUGAAUGCUAAUACGAUGCUUGGUGUUAAACGAGCGGCUACUACUAUCAAACAAGAUGAUCAUACUAAAUCCACUCAUGCUUCUAUUUCAAAUAAUACUCGGGCUGCUUUUGACGGUGAUAAAAAAAGAAAACCAAAGAAAACUGGAGGUAAGUCUUCUUAUUUACUUUUUGUUUUUUUAAUCUGACAUAACAUAUUCACUCACAUUUAUAAUAGCUUAUUCACAACCUGCUGAUACUGGGACUGGUUCUCAUGCUAUGAGCAAACUAUAUACAGUGAUUCAAUUUCUAAAGGAUUCCGAUGGACCACAAUCAGUCAUCAGUAUUACAAGUCGAACAAAGGUCAAUAUUGCGAAAAACCAAGCAUUAUGGGAUAAAUUAGCAUCCAACAAUAAAAUUGAUUAUGAUCCUGUCAAUCAAACUUUUGCAUACAAGCCAACAUAUCAAAUCAAAUCUAAAGAUGAUUUGUUAUCUUUACUAAUAUCUAUGAAAUCUACUGGUGGCAUGGAUUACAAAGACCUCAAAGAUUCAUAUUCAAAACUUAGUGAUGCAGUUGAAGAAUUAGCUGGAGAAAGUCGAAUUUUAGUAGUACGGAACAAGGAUGGUAAUCCAAGGGUAUUGUUUUAUAAUGAUCCUGAACAAAAUACUCAUAUGGAUCCAGAAUUCAAGACAAUGUGGUCAGAUAUCAAGAUACCCGACGAAACAGAUCUUCCAAGAGAACUUGAAAACGCUGGUUUGAAAACAAUGGAAGUGUUUGAAAAGAAAGUGGUUUCCGAGCCUAAAGUUAAACGAUCCAAGACAAGAAACAAGAAAAUUAAAAUUACCAAUACUCAUUUAUCACAUAUUGAUCUUUCCAAAGAUUAUGUCCCCAAAAAAUAAUUUUUACAUUAUUUCCACCCUUCAUGUAUACACACCUAUCCUUUAUUUCAUAUUGACAAUUUACAUAUAAAUCAUGCAUAUCAUAUCAUCUUUUUUUUUCCCUGUUUGAACCCAACUUUUUAUAAUAAAAAUUCAUUCUUAACCUU